UCUCUUUUUCUCUCUCUAGAAUGAACCCAAAAACAAAGGAGGGAGGGAGAAUGAUUGAGGUGGGGGAAAUAGGAAGAAGAAGAAGCUUUAGCUCAAGUUUCGGGAGGCGCUCGGUGGCGGAGGAGGAGGAGGAGGACGGUGAUAUUCAAGAUGUUUCUCUCUGGAUGUCGAUCGAGAGAUUGCCAACGUUCGAACGACUGAGAUCGUCAUUGUUCGACGACGCUCGGGGAGAAGCGGAAAGAAGAGUCGUGGUCGAUGUUACCAAGCUUGGAGAUGAAGAGCGCCAUGUCUUCAUUCAAAACCUCAUCAACCACAUUGAGAAUGAUAAUCUCAAGCUUUUGAGAAAAGUGAAGGAGAGAAUCCACAAGGUUGGUGAGAAAUUCCCAAGGGUGGAAGUGGAAUAUAAAAAUGUGAAUAUUGAAGCUAAGUGUGAGAUUGUUCGAGGCAAAGCUCUUCCCACGCUUUGGAAUUCGCUUCAAACCAAUAUUUUUGGUAUUAUUAAUUUUUGUGGUGGAAAAUCCCGUGGAGCUAAAAUUAAUAUAAUUGAGGAUGUUAGUGGUGUCAUAAAGCCCGGAAGGUUAACUCUGCUGCUUGGGCCCCCAGGGUGCGGUAAGACCACACUACUAAAAGCCCUGUCGGGAAAUCUUCACAAAUCUCUCAAGAUGACAGGAGAAAUUUGUUACAAUGGGCAGAAACUUGAAGAGUUUGUCCCCCAAAAAAUAAGUGCAUAUAUAAGCCAAUAUGAUCUACACAUUCCCGAGAUGACGGUGAGGGAAACCCUUGAUUUUUCAGCUCGGUGUCAAGGUGUCGGAAGUCGAGCAGAUAUGAUGAAGGAGGUUUGUAAAAGGGAGAAGGAACAAGGAAUUAUUCCAGAUCCUGAUGUUGAUAUUUACAUGAAGGCCACUUCUGUUGAAGGACUGAGACAAAGUCUUCAAACUGAUUACAUACUCAAGAUUCUUGGGCUUGAUAUUUGUGCUGAAACACUGGUAGGGGAUGCUAUGAGAAGAGGCAUUUCAGGUGGCCAAAAGAAGAGAUUAACGACCGGAGAAAUGAUGGUUGGUCCACACAGAGCUUUGUUCAUGGAUGAAAUAACAAAUGGAUUGGACAGUUCCACAGCAUUUCAAAUCGUUUCUUGUCUGCAAAAUCUAGCUCAUUUUACAGAUGCUACAAUACUUGUCUCCCUUCUUCAGCCAGCUCCCGAAACCUUCGAUCGCUUCGACGACAUAAUCUUGAUGGCUCAAAAGAAGAUCAUAUAUCACGGUCCUCGUGAUCGAGUUCUUGAAUUCUUUGAGGAUUGUGGUUUCAAGUGCCCUGAGAGAAAAGGGGUAGCAGAUUUUCUUCAAGAGGUCAUUUCCAGAAAGGAUCAGCCACAGUUUUGGCACUGUAACGACAUUCCUUACACAUAUAUCUCGGUCGAUGCAUUUCGUACAAAGUUCGAGUCGUCGAGGAAGCUCGAAGAAGAGGAUGUCUCGAAAAGCCACUUGGAUGAUGAUGAUGUCUCCAUGUUGGAUACUGACAGUGUUUCUAAAUGGCAAGUGUUUAAAGCUUGUGCAUCAAGGGAACUCCUCCUCAUGAAACGAAAUUCAUUUGUUUACGUCUUCAAAACGGCUCAGCUUUUUAUCAUUGGUUUGGUCACAAUGACGGUGUUUCUCCGAACACGAAUGAAAGUCGAUCUCGAGCAUGCUAACUACUACAUGGGAGCCUUGUUUUAUGCACUUAUUUUACUACUUGUUGAUGGGGUUCCAGAGUUGGCUAUGACCAUUCAAAGAUUGGAAGUUUUCUAUAAACAAAAACAAUUCUACUUCUAUCAAGCAUGGGCCUAUGCAAUUCCCACAGCCAUUUUGAAGAUCCCUCUUUCACUUGUGGAAUCAUUAGUAUGGACAUGUCUUACUUAUUAUGUUAUUGGCUUCACUCCUCAGCUCAGUAGGUUCCUUAAACAAGCUGUUCUUCUGUUUGCGGUGCACUUAACAUCAUUAUCUAUGUAUCGGCUGAUAGCCUCAAUCUGCCAAACCCAAGUAGCUUCCAUGACAGUAGGGGGUUUUGCAAUAUUGUUAGUCUUGUUGUUUGGUGGCUUCAUCAUCUCGCAUUCUUCCAUGCCUGCUUGGUUGGGAUGGGCUUUUUGGGUUUCGCCUAUUAGUUAUGGAGAAAUUGGCCUUUCUGUCAAUGAGUUUCUUGCUCCGAGGUGGCAAAAGGUACAAGCUACAAACACUACAAUAGGUUACGAAGUGCUUCGAAGUCGAGGACUCGAUUAUCAUCAAUACUUGUAUUGGAUUUCACUUGCAGCCUUGUUCGGGUUUACACUCGUUUUCAAUACUGGAUUUGUCUUGGCUCUAACUUUCCUCGAGCCUCCCGGGUCGUCUCGUGCGAUUAUCUCACACGAAAAGCUCUUGCAAACAAAGAGCAGUGAAGAAGGCAAUGACAGUGCUAGUUCUGUGGAAAAAGCAUCUUCUCCUAAGACCAACAUAGAAUCCAGAAAAGGAAGAAUAGCUUUGCCUUUCACACCUUUGACAGUAGUGUUUCGAGAUUUGCAGUAUCAUGUGGACAUGCCAUUGGAAAUGAGAGAACGGGGUUUCACCCAGAAGAAACUCCAACUCCUUUCAGAUCUAACAGGGGCUUUAAGGCCUGGUGUCCUCACGGCAUUGAUGGGUGUAAGUGGAGCUGGGAAGACAACUCUGCUUGAUGUUCUUGCAGGAAGAAAAACAUACGGAUACAUCGAAGGAGAUAUCAAAAUUGGUGGCUUUCCUAAAGUUCAAAAGACAUUUGCUCGGAUAUCUGGUUACUGUGAACAAACUGAUAUACAUUCUCCUCAAAUAACAGUGGAAGAAUCACUGAUCUUCUCUGCUUCGCUCCGUUUAGCAUCUGAUGUCGACUCAGAAACAAAAGCGCAAUUUGUGAAUGAAGUCCUUGAGACCAUUGAACUUGAUGGCAUAAAAGACAUGUUGGUCGGCAGACCGGGUGUUAGUGGUUUAUCGACCGAGCAGCGUAAACGGUUAACCAUAGCUGUUGAGCUUGUUUCCAAUCCCUCUAUCAUCUUCAUGGAUGAGCCUACCACGGGUUUGGAUGCAAGAGCAGCUGCCAUUGUCAUGCGAGCGGUUAAGAAUGUGGUUGAUACUGGAAGAACAAUAGUUUGUACCAUCCACCAGCCGAGUAUCGACAUCUUUGAAUCGUUUGAUGAGAUGAUUCUUUUGAAAACUGGUGGUCGCAUGAUCUACUGCGGACCACUCGGACAACGUUCAAGACGGCUUAUAGAAUACUUUGAGCAUGUUCCUGGGGUUUCAAAGAUCAGAGAAAACUACAAUCCUGCAACAUGGAUGCUAGAGGUUACCUCUCCCUCAGCAGAAUCUGAACUCGGCAUAGAUUUUGCUCAAGUAUACAAGAACUCGACUCUCUAUGAGACUAACAAAGAGCUUGUGGAUCAGUUGAGCAGUCCGCCUCCUGAUUCGAGCGAUUUGCGUUUUUCGAAGGUCUUUUCCCAAGGUUUCAUCGGACAGUUGAAGGCUUGUCUUUGGAAACAAAACUUGUCAUAUUGGAGGAGUCCUUCUUAUAACUUGAUCCGUUUGAUGCAUACACUUGCAUCGUCUUUGAUGUUUGGGGCACUAUUCUGGAAGCAAGGAAAAGAGCUAGAAAACCAGCAGAACUUGUUCAAUAUUUUCGGUUCGAUGUACACUGCUGUAAUCUUCCUUGGCAUUGACAAUUGCUCAUCAGUCCUUCCUUAUGUAUCAAUGGAGAGAACUGUGAUGUACAGAGAAAGGUUUGCUGGGAUGUAUUCUUCGUGGGCUUAUUCACUUGCGCAGGUGCUUGUGGAGGUUCCUUACUUGUUAGUACAAGCAGCUACCUAUGUUAUUGUCACUUACCCCAUGAUUGGAUUCUAUGGCUCGGCAUCCAAAGUGUUUUGGUGUUUCUACUCAAUAUUAUGUGCACUUCUCUACUUCAACUAUCUUGGGAUGCUGCUUGUCUCCAUCACACCAAACUUUCAAAUUGCUAACAUCUUGUCGUCUGCCUUCUACACUAUGUUCAAUCUCUUUUCUGGCUUUCUUAUUCCCCGUCCGCAAAUCCCAAAGUGGUGGACAUGGUUGUAUUACAUGAGCCCAACAUCAUGGACUUUGAAUGGCUUACUAACGUCACAAUAUGGAGAUAUAGACAAGACACUGAUGGGGUUUCAAGAAAAGACAACAGUAUCAGCUUUCUUAAGAGAUUACUUUGGCUUUCACCACAGACAACUUCCCCUUGUGGGAUUCAUUCUCAUUCUCUUCCCUCUUAUUUUUGCUUUUCUUUUUGGAUUUUGUAUUGGAAAUUUGAAUUUCCAGAGAAGGUAAGCAAAAUCAAUUUCUUCCUUGCUUUCCUUUGUAGAUAAUAAAUUUAGAGUUUUAGGGUUAAAUUACAAGUUUAGUCCCUAUUAUGCACGGGACAAUCUGAACCUACUUCGAGAUGAAAGGAACGAACAUAAUCAAAGUGAGUAAUACGAGUAUUAUUCGGUUAUUAUCCCAA